GUGAGACGGAGAGAGACAGGGAGAGAGGCGGUGUGAGAGCGGCAGAGUAUGUAACGCGAGAGAGGGGCAGAGAGGGAGAGAGACAGAGGCGGAAGAGUGAUAAACGGCAUUGAGAGGCAGCAGUGUGCAUGUUGUCAGAGGGAGAGAGAGAGAGAACGAGAGAGGCAGCGUGAUAGAAACACACACAGUGUGUGAGCGUGAGGACAGGCAGAGGUUGUGUGUAUAGCAAGUCAGAGAGAGAGGAAGAGGGAGUGCAAUAGAAAGAGAGAGGCACAGAGAGAGACAGAGAGGUCGAUCGCUGUUCUGCGCAGUUGUCACACCGAGCAGAGGGCUGCAUUGGGGAUGUAAACUUUAUCGUGGGUGGGAUCAGUGGCUUGCAGCAGCUGCUGUGCGGUGCAGCGUGCAGCAGAUUUACCAUGUGUGUCAACUGAAGACAGAACACCAGGAUGCAGCACCUCAGGCAUGGGAGAAGCUGGCCGUGGCUCGCCUGCAGAGGGAAGUCGCACGAAGCAAAAGCGAAGGAACAAUGCGACAAAAGCUGAUUCAUGUGCUAGAGGAAGAACGACGCCUGCGAUUGGACAGUGAGAAGCGGCUUCGGGAGGUGACGGACGAGUCAGAGCUGGGCCGAGCGCAGAUGGUUUCACUACAGCGACACUUCUCCAGGAUGGAAGAGACAGUGCGGACGCUGCUGCAGAACCAGGGGGUGCUGGAGCAGACAGCCGUGGACACUGUGGACAUCAUGAAGGCCUACAAGGAUAAACUCUCGGAGGAGGUGCAGAAGACGCGUGACAGCCUGGAACAGAACAGCAGCGGUGGCGGCCCACAGCCGUCUUCUGGAGACCCUUUGCUGCCAGACAUCGGCAGCAUCAGCCGAGCGGAAGAGUUUCAGGACCAAACAAAGCUCCUUCUGGAGCGUCUGCACACCCUAGAGGAGGAAAACUCCGCAUUGGCCAUGGAGAAUGAGAGCCAGAGGGAGCAGUAUGAGCACUGUCUGGAUGAGGUUGCCAAUCAAGUUGUGCAGGCACUGCUCACCCAAAAGGAUCUGAGGGAGGAGUGUCUGAAGUUGCGGACCAGAGUGUUUGACCUGGAGCAACAAAACAGGACCAUGAGUGUCCUCUUCCAGCAGCGAGUCCGACCUGCAUCAGACCUGCUCCUGCAGAAACUCCACUCUCGGAUCAUGGAUUUGUCUGCCUCUGAUCUCCUCCUGGAGCCAGAGAGGAGCAAAAGCUUCCUGCUAUCCAGGAACACUGACUCUUCACCUCAUGAUGUCCAACUGAACGGAAAGGCGGGACUUCCUGUGGCCAAGUGUCUGACCCAGCUGAGUCUGACGGUGCAAGCGCCAGUCUACCCACGCAGCAGCUGUAGCAGCAGUGAGCUGUCCCUGUCUAGCGCCUGCAGUGAAUACUCCAGUGGCUCCUACACCUGGAAUGAAGGACGCUCCUGUGGGAAAAUGUCCUCUCUGACAUGGGAGAAGAGGUUGAGCCUGGGUUCCUCGGCCCCCGGGAACAUCUGCUCCCCCCUGGAAGAGCAGCUCCCCACGAGGAGGAAAGAGAGCCACAUCCUAGAAGGCCUGCGGAAGCUCCAGAGGAGAAAACCAAAAGGCUCCUCAUCCUCCUGGGUCUCCAAGUCGGGUGACAAGGACUGCAUGAACUCUAAUGAGGGUAUCUACUCUCUGGGGAUUAAGAGUGGGAGCAAGGGAAUCUCCAAGCCCACUUAUGUGGGAAGGACCCCUGUCUCAGGGGUGGGGGGCAAAAAGUUUGUGUACGACUCUGAUGAUGCGGACGACGAGUCGCUACAUUCGGCGUACUGCAGACGAGACUGCGUCCCCAGUAAGGACGGAGGCUGGAUGUACUUCAGGAAGCUGUCGCACAGCGUCUCGGACAGUGUGUGUAGCUGGGAUGGGCUGCAGGACAGUGGCGUAGUAGGGGAUAGUAACUGCAGCAUGGGUAUGACACACCUGCCCGGCUAUAACUCCAAGGAGCGGCCAGAAAAACUCAAAAGCUUCAUCAACAAUUUCCUCUCCGGGGGGCAGACCUCGGCUGUUCUAAACCCCUCCCUGUUACACUUUGACAUCAGCCCCACAGAGGCUGAAUGCCCCCUCCACCUCUCAGACACCGACCCUGAGGAUCUGCACACUGAGGUCAGCGACCACCGGCGGCUGCCUGUUUGCCGGACAGCUGAGCAACUGCAGAAGGACAUCAAAAGCCUCUCAAGAGAUUCUGACAAACUGCAUCCCGUACAAUGCUUGAAGAGGGAACCUGGCCGAACUCAGUCUGCUGACGGAAGGCCCAGGCCUUUCACCCUAAUCAAGGAACACAAGGGGGCUAAAACCCAGUCUGAGGAGAGUAUCAUGGCUGUAUUUGAUGCAGACGGACAGCCCAUUGAACUCAGUGCUCAGCAGUCCUCUUUUGGUGCUGGGGCUCGGAAAGAAAUUCCUGGGAGGAAAGAAAAUGGGGUUGCUGAGUAUGCUGCACUGUCGCCUCGUGAUAGGCCCAUUCGUCACAAAGUAGGCAACAACGGCAGCAUUAGCAGGGAGGGAAGCCCAGAGAGGCUGCAAAUGCAUGUCACUCCAGUACGGAAAUUGAUAAAGCCACCUUCCAAUCGAUCCAACAAAGGCCACUCUGUCCCUCCCAUGAACAAUGCUUCCACCAGCCCCAAGGCCAUCAGCUCAAAGAUACCCAGCAACCGGGGGAAAGGAUCUCCACUGAAGGUUUCUAAGGGCUCCACCACAGACACAAGCAACAGUGGACCAACCUCCGGAUUCACAGCUCAGGAGUCAAAGUUCCCUUCUUCUCCUCCGGUCAAGAUGUCCAGGUUCAUCAAAGCUCCAGGCUGCACUACAAGCCCCAAGGCAGUAAUCAACAAGUUUCCUGGCAGGAAUGACUGGAGAAAGGGCUCCUCAUCUAGUGUUCCAUCCGGCUCCCCACACCUCCCAAGAAGGCAUUUGGACCAUGUGGACUACAGGGAACAGCCUACCAGAGACAGACACUGUGAAGCCAGCAGCAAAACUGAACUCAGGUCCCCGUCUCCUCCCCCGCCCCCUGGCCGCACCACCUCCUUACUUAUCAGACCAAACUACGAUGGGUCACCUCAAGCACUUAAACCAGGGGCUCAACCAUCCACGCCCACAACUGGGAGGGGGCCACCCCCGAGUUACCACCCCCCGCCUGUACCAAAUAUGCAACAUUUAUUACCACCCCCACCCUACAAGGGCCAAGAUACCAUAGACUUGGACGCAGGCUACGGUACCGCAAUCGCACCUCAGAAACUGUUGGACAAAUCGAGCCAGCAGCACCCUGCUUCAAAUGAGACCCCCUCUAAAGGCACUUCAAAACGGGUCCCCACAAAACUCUACCUCCCCUCCUCAGGGCAUGUGCCUGAUCACCCUGAAAAUGCACCUAAAAGCUCAAAGAAUGUUCCUCCUCCCUCAUACAACUCUCAACGUGGCUCUUCACUUCAAAGCACAUUUACAAGUAAGAAAGGUACCAAUGACAAUAGGCAUUCUAUGUCGUAUAAGACCUCUAGUAGUUUCCCUUUAACUCUGCAGGGCCACCUUCAGUGUCCAACAGAACCUCACAGUAGUAUGACUCAACCUCCCCAGGCUGUAGCAAACCCACCCGUCUCUGGAACAAGCACUCAAAAUUUCACUGAAAAAGCGUCAAAGACACGCAUUCCUAUGGGCUUCAAAGCUUUUGUGAAAUCGCCCCCUUCACUGCAGAAAGGCUCCACCGCGAUACCAGGAAAGCAAGAGAAGGAACACAUCAACUCGGUCUCCAAAGAGACUGUGACUUCAAAUACUUUCAUCCCGUGUGACAGUUUUCAGGCAGUGUAUGUUGAUUCAUUAGCCAUGACUUCCAUCAUAGAGACUAAGGGUGAGGUCCAGUGCAUAAUUCAGGAAGAGGAGGCACACACCUCUGAGUUGGCAGAGCAGGGGGUUGGUGACAAGUCGGAAUGUGACAGUAGACUGUUUAAGAGGUCCAUAUCUGUCACGACCAAACCUCACCUAAAGCCUGUCCUGGGGAUGACUGGGGCGAAAGCUCGCAGCCAGAGUUUCAGCACCCACUGCAUGGAAAAACCCAACAUCAGUGUGUUGGACGGACAUGUGAAGAUUCGAACCCAGAUCAUCACCAACUCUGGAGAGAGGGGGAACUCGUUAACAAGGCAGAGCUCGUUUGUUGAGGGCAUACAGAUUAAACCCAGUAGCGGAUCUGGGGAAAGUCCAGUCCAUUGCCCCAGCCACAGGCUGAGCCACUACGGAGGUAUGACAGGCUCAAACAGCCACCAGGGUCUUCCGGAGAGAGCCUCCACAUCGGGAUUCACCGUUGAAGGGCCACGGAGCACCACAAAGGGGGAGAGCGUCACGGCUCCACCUCAAAAAGAAACAAAGGGGGAGAGCGUCACGGCUCCACCUCAAAAAGAAGUGCGUAGCUUACCCCUCACCAACCGGAUCGGCUUGAAGAACUACCGAAAUCCCAAGAAGGUUGCAUCUCAUCCUCCAUUUGAGUCGCCGGCCUCUCCUUUCUAUAGCCCGGAGGCCACAACAAAGGGUGGGAAAGUGCUCAGCCCCGGAAAACUAGACCACGCGAAGAGCGUCAAAGUCCAGGCAGGCUGUUCCCAAGGGGAAAUUGUUGAGGGAGAGCAACCAGUGAGCCCCACAGUCUGCACCAUCGAGGAGAAGGUCAUGAUGGGGAUCGAGGAGAAUAUCCAGAAAGGUCAGGGUCAAGAGAAGGUAAUAGCACCGGAGACCAAGCAGAAGACCGGCCCGUCUCUAGCCAACUGGUUCGGCCUGCGUAAAAGCAAGCUGCCAGCCUUGAAUGGAAAGAAAUCAGACGCUACCUCCCCGAAAGAGAAAGAUGAGAAAAAAGAGCUGAGGAUCGGAUCUGUGCUGGGAGGCAAACAGAUGAAAUCGGACAAAAAGAAGGACAAGAAAAAAAUCGACAGCCAGUUCGAAAAGAGUCCAGAGCUAACGCUGUCGGAGAACAAGCUGAGCUCGAUCAUGGAUCAUUGCAAUAUUCAGAUGGGACAAAUAGCCAAUCAGAUCCAGUGUUCUACAACCUACAUUGGGAAAGACCAGUUCAUGAAAGAGCUUCUUGGACGGAGUGUGAGGAAGGGUGACUCCAUAGCUGAAUCUCUCCCUGGCAUCUCCAUCCCCAAGAGAAACAGCGAUAUGAGGGGAGAUAUGGAGAUCUGCUCCGAUACAGCUGCCAUCAUUGUGACACAGAAGAUCAGCUUGCAUGGAGAGAAUGAGGAGGAACCCAACCCUGAGACUUCAUGUCAGGACCACAUGAUAGGCUCCAGCUGUCAAAUGAGAACCCUGGACAGCGGGAUUGGCACCUUCCCCCUCCCUGACUCUGUCACCCGGGUCAAUGGGCGCCACAUUCCUAGAUCUGAGUCCAGCCCCGACCGGACAAUGGCAAGCGUUCACAGUCCCACUGAUCCUGACCAGGACCUCCUCUCGGCCUCUGCUGCUCAUUCCCCAUCCCAUGUGACAGUGCCGUCCCUGUCUGAAUCCCAACCACAUGUACCACCCACCAGUGCCCUGGGCCACUCCCUGUCUGACUCUACAGUUACUGGAAGAGGUUGUGGACAGGAAGCCCUGAGCCGCCUCCCCAGACCAUCCACCUCAGAUGUCAUCAGAAGGCAGCGACUGAGUCAGAUAGAGUUAUGCAGCACCAGCCACGCAGUCACUACGGAGGCCCACGAGGUACAAGUGGAGAAGAAGAGGAACACUAAGGAUCUAAACUCACCCACUGACAGAGCCCCAAGAGUGUGCACAUACUCAGGCAGCAGCAGUGACACCGAGACAGAGUCUGAAGGGAACACGCUAGGCUCCACCCAAAGCACCCUUACCAACAGAGCAAAGACGAGCAACCAAGUCUACUAUGAAGAGAAGACGAUGAAGAGGAACAGUGUGGGAAAGUUCCCGUCAAUCAUGGACUACUAUCAACAUGAUAUGUUCUCUCACAUAGAGAAGGACGAACACAGGGGCAGUUUCUCCCAAUACCACUUGUUGCACAACCAGUCAUCGCUAGAGGGCAAAGCAGGAGACAGACUAAGCAAAGGGAAUCAAGUGGACAUGACAACAGGCGGCUGCGGAGGGGGGGUCCAGGUCGGCACCAGAGACGUGUCCUUGGAGUCCCUGAACAAGCUAAACAGCAGUGGGCUGGGGCUGUACCCGGAGACAGAGCUAAGGCCCAGUAGCGGUGACUGCUCCUGUUCCGCAGGGGAGAGAGAAGAGGACUGCUGCAGCAGGGUUGACAACGAGCCCUCGUCGUCCAGCUACUACUCCAACAAGCCCGGGGCGGAGCGUGUGGGUUCUCUCAGCGAUUCGCUUUACGACAGCUUCUCCUCAUGCACCAGUCAAGGCUCCAACGAUGUGUAGAGUAAGAAAGUGGAGGCCGGGGCCGAUUCUGUUGGAGUCCUCUGCUACUCCCACCAACCGAAGCACUUAGGUCAUAAGGAAGGAAGGGAUGUCAUCGGUGAUGUCAUAAGAUAAGGACGUGAACCCAGACUGUACGGUACGCAUGACCUCUGAGAUGGACAAUUAAACUAUAGGCUACAACAGUACCACCGUUCAAGGUGUGGAAAGCAAUAUUAGAAAUUGUCUUGCAUUAUAUAUUUUUCCCCGAAGGGGGAAUGUUUUUUUUUUAUCAUUGCACUGUAAAAAUACUGUACAAAGUUAAGGAAUUCAACUUGAAGACAUGAACUAGAGUAAAUACCACCAAAUCCAAAUCAAACCAAUCAGCAAUCUCAUCAGGAGCAACUGAUGAUGCCUAGUAGUGUGAAGCAAUACCUUAAGAAUGAUAAUAUGUGCAAAAAACUAUUACAGUUGUUGGAUGUGGAUAGAUGGUUUUCUCACGGAUCAUUAUUUCUCAAAAUAUUUCUCAAAUGUUUUACUGCCACAGUGUUGUAUGCCACAAUGGCAGGCUUAGACACCACAACUACCAUCAUGCAAUACACUGCAACCCAUACCAUACAAUCAUAGCUCCUAAAGCCAUUGUGUCAAACGUGUAUGAUUACUAGACUGCUGUGGUAUUUUGAAAGUUGCAUGGCGAACUAAAAUGUGACACACAUUAGACACAUUAUUUUUGAAGUGGCGGGAUUUAUACUUUAUAUUAAGUGACCUAAAUACACGCAUUUGCACAUUUAAUUGAACCACCAGUACUGUGGAAUCUUAAAGAAUAGUAUCCUGCAUAUUGAAUGUACUGGAGUCAAUAUUGACUUUGAGUUGUGGUACAGAUGAGAAAUACAUGAUCAAUACAUGAUCAAUCAUUUCUACCAGCAAGUCAAAACUGUCAAGCUGAUCUUCAACUGCUAUGUAGUGGCUUAAAAGGGAUAUUUGGCAAUGAAGCCCUUUAUCUUCUUCCCUAGUCAGAUGAACUCAUGGAUGCCAUUAUCAUGUCUCUGCAUCCAGUAUGAAGGAAGUUAGAGUUAGUUGUGUGAGCUAAUGCUAACUAGUGUUGGCGCAAUGACUGGAAGUAUAUCUACUAGCAUGCUAGCAGUUACCAUGGACUUCCAGUCAUUAUGCUAACACUAUUUAGCAAUGUCCUUCAAACUGCCCAUAGAGACAUAAAAAUGGUAUCCACUAAUUAAUUUGACUCUGGGGAAGUAGAGAAAAAUCCUGAAUUAUCCCUUUAAGCAAUCACCGUGCAAUCACCAUUGUACUUGGGUCACUCAGUAUUUCAUGUAAACAUAGAACUGAACUAGUGUCAGAAUGGUACUUAUGAAUCAGAAACUUCUGUUGGCUUCAAUAACACAUUUGCGGAGCAAGGUCUAUGCUAGUAGCUCAGGGAAAAUGCAACGCGUAUACCUAGUUACCUUGAAUAUAAGGUUACAACUCAUGGAAAGUACAUUUUUCAUUUUUUUAAACGGAAAACAGACAUUUUUUGAAAAGUAAAACCUUCAUGAACUGCAAGAUAACAUAACUGUUGAAACGGUGUCUCUUGUAGCAUCAUAUGAAACACUCAUUUUUUGUAUAUUUUGUUUGUGUGUUAACUGCAAUUAAAUUAAUAUCAGAAUCGAGCAUUGCUGACUGGUAUAUGCAAUUUAAAACAUUUAAUAAUUGUGUAAUGUUUGCCAAUCAUUCAAACUAUAUGUCUAUUGAUUGAGAACAGUUCAACUUUUCUUGAUCAUUUCCUCGUUUUGUGACUUCCUGUAGUGUUUGUCGAUACAAAAUGUUUUAUUUUGUCGAAUAAAAGCUACUACUGCAACCUUUUAUCACUUUAUCCUAUAACACAUUUGACACGUAGUAGGAAUAAAUCAUCAUGCCAAACGUGCUUAAUUUGAUUCUGGUGCUAAUCAAAAACAGACUGUACGUUUCAUUGUUUGAACAAUUUUCCAUGAAAUUGUUAAUAAUAUGUAAGGAGAGUCUUGCUAAGACCAUAAUGUGUAUUUUUCUAGCUGACGAGUAUUUAUAUCCCACUUUUUGUACAUGGAACUGUAUAGUAGUGUUUACUUGUCCUACUUCACAUCUUCUCUGCUUGAUUGUUCCUUUGUAAGAGAACCUGUUACCAGCAGUGUUAGUUUGGUAAUUACGUGUGCAAUUUUGGCUGUUACAUUAGACUUUUAAUGCUAUAUUUUAUGUAAUAAUUUCCCAGAUAAAUAAAAAUAAAUGAUUUCCUAUUUUA